CUGGAUUCGUUCGUUUCGCGUGUGAGCUCAGUGCGAGCCCCGCUCCGCGCGAGUGUUCGUCCAGCUGACCAAGGGUGCUGGCAUUUCCGCGCGAGGACACUGGCGAUCGCGAGAAAGGAAAAUGGGCGAGGGACAGCCAACUUACAAACUGAUCUACUUCGAUGCUCGCGGUCGCGCCGAGCAAAUUCGCUACAUAUUUGCGUACGCUGGCAUCGACUACGUCGACGAGAGGAUCUCCAAGGAAAACUGGCCGGAACUGAAGAAAGCGAUGCCUUACGGAAUGCUACCGGUGCUGGAGAUAGACGGGAAACCGAUAGCACAGAGCAACGCGGUGGCGAGAUACUUGGCGAGGAAACACAAUCUGAGUGGAAGGGACGAAUGGGAGGCGAUGCUGUGCGAUGUGCUUGUCGAUACCCUCGGAGACCUCAAGCAAAUUAUAGCUCUGUAUCUCGCGGAGAAGGAUCAGUUCAAGAAGGAGGAGAAGAAGGCGAAACUUUUGAAGGAAACUAUACCCUUUUACUUGAACAAGUUUGAACAAACCAUCGGCGAGAAUGGAGGCUACGCCGUUGGCUCCACCACCACGUGGGCGGAUUUUGUGUUCGCUGUGGCUCUGGAGAAUUUCGAGAAUAUUUUCGGCGGCGGAGCCUUGGAAAAUUACCCGGGUCUUCGAGCGCUGAAGAAGAGGGUCCACGGGAUACCCGCAAUCGCCGAAUGGCUGACCAAACGGCCCCAGACAGAAGUUUAGAACCGAGAUAUGCCCGAUGGAAAUGGAAACGAGUACAUAUCUAAGUAAAUUGGACGCGCUUGGUCGGUUAUUAUUACACGUUCGUCGACGCGUUACCCAGUUGUCAAUGUCGCCGUGUGUUCUGUCGAUGUCUCACGACUUGCGAUGAAAAUCUAUGCAAUCGCGUACGUCGAUAGCCUGAUAGUACAUAAAUACUUUUAAUUCGCGGGGUAAAAUUGAUUUAGACCUGCGGGAGGAGAAUUGUCGUCAAGUUUCCGGUAUUUUGCGCAGCUUCUAUGCGAUAUGUGUUAUCCAACUCGAAUCUUUCGUAGCGAAUAGUCAAAUACACGCGAUAAGUUGUAACAUAGAGUGCCUAAAGGUAAACGGUACGGAACACGGAAUAGAAAUUUUGUUUCGUUCUUUAUUCGUUGCGUUUCUCGAUAUCACGAACGGCUCUGCUUCUACAAAAUGAGUAACUGCAAAUAAUUUCUUGAAACCUAAAAUACUACCAAUGACAAUUCGUUUAUACAAACACCUAUAUCGUUUAUUCGCAGUUACAAGUCGCAUUAGUAGGAACCACUGAUUUAUAAAAUGGACUUUCU